CCAAAACAGACAACCAGUCAAUUGAACUACAUCGUUCCACUGUCAUUGACACGGCGAACCGAUUUCGACCCCGUUGUUGGCUUCUUGUCACUAUACUUUGCGCCUCUCUCGCGCGCAACUGAUCACUUAGCGCAACUAUAAAGGAGGACCGAAAUAGCUACCUGCGUCCAGGUCAAAAGUCCUACGUCCUCCUCGAGCCUCUCGAACCCCUCCUUAGAUUCCCCAACAUCCCGGAAGCACGACCAUCCCCAAGAAGAAGCAACAAAGCCUCAACAUGGCCAAAUCCGCACGACGAGGCCCCAAGGCCAAAUCCUCCACAACCACCUCCUCCUCGUCAGGAUCAGGUACCUCGACGCCAGCGUCCCAAUCCUCGAUGCCGCUCCCUCCCUUCACGAAAGCGCCAGCCACGCUCCUCCCGCUGCUCUCCCCCCUCUCCCCAAGCGAGAUCUACCUCAUCCACAUCGACAGCACACCGAUCAGCCUGAAGCAGAAAACCUUCCUCGUCCCGGUCCUCAUGAACCUCGCCAUUGUGUGCCUGCUUGCCUACCGGGUCUACUCAGUGCGACACAUCUACCCGGCGAUGUUCGCCUCGGUAGUCGGCCUCACAAGCUCCCUCUCGGUCGACACCUCGACGCUCAGCUGGAGCGACCUGUCAGGCGUCGUGCUGGGCCGCAUCUUCACCGUCAUGCUGGACUACUUCCUCGUCACGGUGCUCCUGCCCUGGCCGAUCCGGUUCCUGUUCGGCCCCCUCCAGUGGCGCCGCCGCGUCGGGUUCCGCGACCAGGAGAUCAUCUUCCGCCGCAGCCAGGCCGGUCUGACCCGGCACCUGAAGCGGGACCGCUGGAUCCGCGAGGACGAGGAGACGCGCGACCGCAUCGUCUCGGCCGUCACGCCCGAAAAGGUCCGGAAGACCGGGUAUCUCCUCGUGGACAAGGACUGGGACCUGGACUACGAGAGCAUGAUCGUGGCCCACGAGAUGGUCGACGGCCACGGCCAUUCCCCGAACAAGGACGACACCGCCGCCGUCCAGCUGGACGAGUUCCGCACGGCGGUGGUGGUGAACACCGACGCCCACGGCUGGUUAGUGUGGCGGGUGGACGACGAGAACCCGACUGUCGCCGCCGCGGAGGAGGCCGCAUCGUCGAAGAGAGACCGGAAGGGCAAGGCGAAGCAGGAGACCACCGAGGAUCCGAUGCGGUCCGCCCAGCGCGAUCAGAUUAUCGAGUUCCAGCAGAAGCUGACCGCCAUGGGCAAGGAGGACCUGUUCUACCGCUGGGUCGAGCUGAUCCAGUAUGAGAGCACGAGACCCGGCGGGUUCACGCCCGAGAGGCAGAUUUCGGCCAUGAACCAGGUCAAGCAACUCUUCGAGGAGAACGAUGUGGACUUCUCCAAGUUCUGGGAGGAUGUCGGUGGGAUGGAGGAUUUCACGGAUCAGCUGGAUUAGUUGUCCUGGUUUUCCUUUGUGGUCUCAAAUUUCUCUUGCAACUUUUUUCCUUUCAAUUACUAUGAUUUGUUUCCCAUGUAAUAUAGAUAGAAAUUUUUUACUUCAUCCAUUGCUCGAGAGAAGAUAUUUGUGCUGGGGAGAGAGAAGCUCCAGACAUCAGGAGCAUUGGUGGUGCAUGGCGAGGCGUGGGAUAGGUUGGCUUACGGGGGCAUUUAUCGGUUCCAAUUUAUGUUUCAUUUAAAGCAAACCUAACCAAGGUCACAGCUCAAAGUUCAAGUGAUGCGCAUGUCUAGUUCGCGCCGGCUAAUGGAGGGAGAU